AUGAUCGACGCACGUGAAGAGUCCAUCUCAGAAGGAAACGGAGCAACUGCUGCAAGUAUCGGAAUUAUGGAAUGCGAAGAAGUCGAAACGAUUCUGGAAAAUAUUACAUUGAAACAUAGCACUGAGGAAUUGAACGACGCACGUAAGGAACAUUUCGUUUAUGAAGAUCAUUUCAAUCCCACUCUAUGUGAAUAUAUGGAAAAUAGUGCAUCUUUUGCAAAACUGAAAACAAUAUGCCGGAAAUAUGAAGCAGAGUCAAAAAUAAAUGUCGAUAAUGUAAUGAAGGAGCAUACGGAUCGUGCUGAUAGAACAUACAAAUUUUUUCUUGAAAAGGGUUUACCAGAAGACGAAGCUCGCGCCUCAGCAUUCGCUAUCGCAUUUUAUACUGGCUCGAGAAGCGAAGCAUGCAGUCGAGGUGCCAGUCUUGUUGCUCGUCGUGCCAAUGGCGUAGCUGUCGAGCAGAGAACCGUAGAUGAAAUGAAAGAAGCAUCGAUUAUUUUGUAUUAUUUAGUUAAAGGUCUUUCGAAUAUCCCUUAUUACUGGGGCUAUGUUACGCGGGCUUGUAAUCUCAAAGAUCAUGAACUGGCACUUUACACACCCGGUGCUUUAAUUACAUGGCUUCAGUUUAGUAGUUCAAAACGAGGCAAAGAUGUUGCAACCGGUGGUUUUGAAAACCGCAAUACUCAAUUCAAAAUCUAUUCCCUCACAGGUCGUCGUAUUAAAUUCUUUUCCAACUAUGAUCAUGAAGAUGAAGUAUUAUUCUUACCUCAUUCAACAUUUCUUGUCUUCAAACAUGUGACUAGUCAUCAUGGAAUGCAACACACGAUCUAUAUGCGACAAGUUGAAUUGGGUCUAUCAAAAUGGUCAGUGCUUUGGGUUGACGAUCGUAUAUUCGUUGAAAAUUGGGAGAAUAAGGCUCAUAUGGAAUAUGCAGCUGCAAAGGCACUGAAUAUGAAUGUACACUUUAUUCCAAAAUCAACUACUGAAUAUGCGAUUUCAUUCCUAAAAUCACCAUUUGGACAGCGGCUGAAAAACAAAAAUACAUUUCGUAUUGUUACCGAUAUGAAUCGUGAAAAUGAACGACCUGUACAUAAUGCAGGAGCACGUCUCAUCAAAAAAUUACGACAACUUGGGUUUCAGAAUCAAUGCCUAGUAUUUACCAGUAACAAGCAGAAAGGAGACGAAAUUAUGAAACAGGAAAUGACCGCCCAGGAGUUACAGAAUACCAUCGUGACAGUCAGUGCCGACGAUCUAAGACGUUUCGUCAAUUUUCAGUAA